AUGCUGCAUCCAACACCUCCCCGGGACAUGCUGCAUCCAACGCCUCCCCGGGACAUGCUGCAUCCAACGCCUCCCCGGGACAUGCUGCAUCCAACCCCUCCCCGGGACAUGCUGCAUCCAACCCCUCCCCGGGACAUGCUGCAUCCAACGCCUCCCCGGGACAUGCUGCAUCCAACACCUCCCCAGAACAUGCUGCAUCCAACCCCUCCCUGGGACAUGCUGCAUCCAACACCUCCCCGGGACAUGCUGCAUCCAACACCUCCCCGAGACAUGCUGCAUUCAACACCUCCCCGGGACAUGCUGCAUCCAACACCACCCCGGGACAUGCUGCAUCCAACACCUCCCCGGGACAUGCUGCAUCCAACACCUCCCCGAGACAUGCUGCAUUCAACACCUCCCCGGGACAUGCUGCAUCCAACACCACCCCGGGACAUGCUGCAUCCAACACCUCCCCGGGACAUGCUGCAUCCAACCCCUCCCCGGGACAUGCUGCAUCCAACCCCUCCCCGGGACAUGCUGCAUCCAACCCCUCCCCGGGACAUGCUGCAUCCAACCCCUCCCCGGGACAUGCUGCAUCCAACCCCUCCCCGGGACAUGCUGCAUGCAACCCCUCCCCGGGACAUGCUGCAUCCAACACCUCCCCGAGACAUGCUGCAUUCAACACCUCCCCGGGACAUGCUGCAUCCAACACCUCCCCGAGACAUGCUGCAUCCAACACCACCCCGGGACAUGCUGCAUCAAACACCUCCCCGGGACAUGCUGCAUCCAACACCUCCCCGGGACAUGCUGCAUCCAACACCUCCCCGGGACAUGCUGCAUCCAACACCUCCCUGGGACAUGCUGCAUCCAACACCUCCCCGGGACAUGCUGCAUCCAACCCCUCCCCGGGACAUGCUGCAUCCAACCCCUCCCCGGGACAUGCUGCAUCCAACCCCUCCCCGGGACAUGCUGCAUCCAACCCCUCCCCGGGACAUGCUGCAUCCAACCCCCUCCCCGGGGCAUGCUGCAUCCAACCCCUCCCCGGGGCAUGCUGCAUCCAACACCUCCCCGGGGCAUGCUGCAUCCAACACCUCCCCGGGACAUGCUGCAUCCAACCCCUCUUCGGGACAUGCUGCAUCCAACCCCUCUUCGGGACAUGCUGCAUCCAACCCCUCUUCGGGACAUGCUGCAUCCAACCCCUCCCCGGGACAUGCUGCAUCCAACACCUCCCCGGGACAUGCUGCAUCCAACACCUCCCCGGGACAUGCUGCAUCCAACCCCUCCCCGGGACAUGCUGCAUCCAUGCAACCGAUAGGAGAUUGCACAAUCGGGUUGCAUGGAGGGCCAUGCAACCGGUAG